AUGCUACGCCAACCUCACUCGAUUCAGUUGAUCACCCGGUCUCGUCGCUCAUCCGCGCCCGUCGCUCACCCGCUCUCGUCGCUCACCCCCUCUCCUGCUCUCGUCGCUCACCCGCUCUCGUCGCUCACCCGCUCUCGUCCGCUCUCGUCGCUCACCCGCGCUCGUCGCUCACCCGCGCUCGUCGCUCACCCGCUUUCGUCGCUCAUCCGCACUCGUCGCUCAUCCGCUCUCGUCGCUCAUCCGCGCUCGUCGCUCACCCGCGCUCGUCGCUCAUCCGAUCUCGUCGUUCAUCCGUGCUCGUCGUUCAUCCGCGCUCGUCGUUCAUCCGCACUCGUCGCUCAUCCGCACUCGUCGCUCAUCCUCGCUCGUCGCUCAUCCGCGCCCGUUGCUCACCCGCUCCCAUCGCUCACAUCACCCCUUCCCUUACCCCUCUCGUCCUCGCACUACCUCCUGCCGCCCCCCCAUCUUACCCCCUCCUUCCCUGCGCAUUUACCUGCUUCCAUUCCCUCGUCUUACCCCUCUCGUUCCCCUACACGUAUCUCCUUCCUCUCCUCCCCGCCUUUCCCCACUUUCCCCUUUAUUCCAUUGCGUAACACCCUGCAUCCCCCCUCUAACCGCCCUCCACUUCCCAACUCACCGCCCUCCUUCCCAGCGAAGUGCCAAGCUCUCACGGUCCACCUUUCCCCCUCUCCGUCUCUUCUUCCUUACCCAUCUGCAUCUAUCCUGCUGUUCCCUUCUGCAUCUCUGCACCCUUCCUGUGCUGCAUCUCUCCUCGGGGAAUAG